AUUUAUCUAUUGGUAAUGCUGGUUAACAGCGGUUCCAUAAUCCACAGUAUAAGCACAGAACGUCAGAACACUCAGAACAUUAAUAUUUAAUGUUAUUCUAUGAAAAAAAUGAGUAAACAAGGAAGUGAAAAAAAAAAAGAAAUAAAUUCUAAAGAUGACAAAAAAUCAAAGAAGCAGACACCAACAACAAUAAAAACACGGAAAGAGGGUAAAAAAUCAAGAAACUUGGUGGAUGUGUUCAAUGAAUGUGCUAUGGAUAAUGCUUACCAUACAUGUCACAAUGUACAAGAUCUGCUGAAAUGUCGAGGCUUUCCAUGGCCACAGGCGCAAAAGAAGAAGAAAAAGAAAGGUGGCAAAAAGGGCAAAUAAGAAUAAAAAUGCAAUAAAAAUAUGUUAUUGACUUUUUGUAAUAAAAAAAUAUACAUUA